AUGUUCCGUUUAGCGUCUUACUCUUCGGCUGACGGCCAUCCUCUGUCCUUGGAGUCUGAGAGGAGAAAGGCCAUGAGUUUAGUAUAUACGGUGGAACGGGAACUAGAAAAAUUCUACAACAAAUGGUUGAAAACUGCAAACGAUGAUAAUGUGGAUGACUGGAUUGCAUAUCUCACGGCUGUGAAAGCCAAAAUAGGAGUAAAACAGUGGUCUAAUUACAAAGAAUUUGCUUUUACCAUAGAGAAAGUCCAGCAACAAUCUAUAGCAAACGCCAACAAGAAGAUAUAUUGGGAACUAAAACGGGUCGUGAAUCGUGCUAAAACAUUUGAUGCCUUGGUAGCACAGAGCAGAAGACGACUACAAAGCGCUCUCAAUGAUCAUGUACAAAAAUAUUGUCUCAGCUUCUGUCAGGAAACAUCGUGUAAAGAUAUUCUGGCAGCUCAAGAAUACGAGAACCACACCAGCAAGUGGACAGAGGAGAUUCUGGAUGGCAUUUCGUUACUGGAGCAGAGAUUUCGCGACUACCGUGACUUUGACGCGUCCAAUUUCGAGGAAUACAUCAAACGUUAUAGCACAGUGUUGCACCUGAUGUCAGAAGUCGUUGAGGUGAUUCCCAAAAUCACAACCCCGAUCAAAGAUUGGGUAACAGCCGACGAGGCGUACCCGAGAAAACUGCUAGACGAAGCCAACAAAUAUCUGCAGCAGAAACUUGAGAUCACAGAAACCAUUCGGAGGCGCCAUAUGAACUCUGAAGAACGGAAAGGAAAAGUGAAGAGAGCCGGGUUUAAUUCAAAACUGAUCAACGGAAAGCUCCAGCAUGCUCUUACAGAGAGAAGGGUUUGUAGAAAACAAGAACUGGCCUAUUCAGACACUCUGGGAUUCAUAAACGACGAAAUAGAUAUGCAAAGAGAGGACCUUGCUGAAACCCUUGAUCGGCUUCAUCACAAGGACACGACGACACAAAAAGCUGUUGACAUGAUUAUGGAAAAGGCUGAGAUUAUUAAACAAGAAAUCAAACAACUAGAAAACCGCGCUAGAAUGAUAACAAAGAAAAUGAUGGACAUUAAAAAGGACAGAUAUGAAGUACAGAAAGAAGUUCAUAAACUGAAGAAGGUAUUCGAGGGAAGUAUUAAAGUGACGUCCCGGAUGUACAAUGCACUCGGUAGAGAACAGCGCGACACACACGAACUUGAGGAAGAACAAAAAAAGCUAAUUGUCAAAAUUAAUGCAGCGAAAAAAAUCCGAGACGUCAAGAUGCACUCGAUGACGGUGAAAAUGUUGCAUGCUCACGGCUACACACCUGGCUUGUUGCAGGACCUCGAUGAUGGCGGUCAAUCCUUCAGACCUAAAUCUCUGGACUCUCCAAAGACUUCUAUGGAAUCUCUGGACAAAUGGCAACGCCUCAGCGACAGAGCCUCCAACAGGUCACUGGACAGAGUGCGAGAGAGCCUGGAGAAGCAGACAAUGGCUGAUAGCAUGCGUCGAAUGAUCAUUGUCACAUAA